GCGGGCGGGCGCCGCCACCAUGGCCUCGCCGCCGCUCCCGCGCCCGCCGCUGCUGCUGCUGCUGCCGCCGCUGCUGCUCCUGCUGCUGCUGCCGCCGGCCGCCCCAGGGACGCGGGGUUGGCCGCCCUCGCCGGCCCUCCGCGCGCCGAGCGGGGCGCCCCUCGCAGGAGCGGGGCUGGCGCGGCCGCCGGAGCCCGGCCCCGAGCGCGAGCUGCCGCCCACGCCGCCGCCGCCCAAGCCACCCCGGGAGCGCCGCGGGCUCGCGUCCCCCGGCCCCAGCCGCACGGCCCUCGGGCUGGCCACCGCCGCACGCCGGGGACUCUUGCGCCGGGCCCCCCGAGGCGGGAGCGCGGCCGCUGAAAGGAGCAGUUGGACAGAAAGUAACACUGAAUCCCACAUAGAAAACGUCACCUUUGAUCGGAACCAAAUGGACCUUUCCACAGUGGUUUCCAAGGAGGCUGUGAGGACUCAGAUCCCCACAAAGAACCAUACUUCUUCAGAUGCUCCAGAAAACUUCACUCCACAGAGCGAAGCAGCAGAUGCUAGAGGAAGAAACAACUCUUCCUGGAAGACAGAUUUCACCACUUCCCACGUUGGGGCUGACACAGCAACAGCUCUGACUUCCCAGAGCCUCACCAGAGCUCUGGGAACGCUUCACUUGCCAUCCAGCUCGGGGUCCGAAGGAAGAGCUGACCCUUCCCGCACGGAGAGCUCAACAUCCCAGGGUUCCCUGGAGAGAGGAAAGGGACUCCUGGAAGAAGUGACUGCGCACAGCCAAGUGGCUGCCACUUGGGUUUUAGGACAGUCCCCUCCUCCUGCUCUGGUGAUGGGAGAAGAGAUCACAGUCUUGGGGAAGAGAAACACCUCAGGCCCUGCGCUUUCCUGGCUGCUUUUCUCCAGGACUCCGGCUUCCUCCCCUCCCUCAGAGCCCUCCUCAGCUUCCGGAAGCACAGAGGAGCUAAACAACUCCACCAUUCUCCCAAGUGCCUUGGCGAGUCAGAGAGCGAACGAGCGUGUCGCCACCACGCUCCCCACUGGUGUCCCCAGGAUGCUCCCGUCUUUAACCGUCAGUCUGCAGCCCCUAAAUGAGACUGAGAAUUUCCCCAAGGACUCCGAAAUUGCCAGGACUUCAGUAUCGGCCCAUUCUUCACCCUUUGAAGCAGGGUUGCAAAGAAAUAGGGAAAUAAUCAGGAAUCCAGGAAAUGGGGAAUUCAUCGAGCCGUCCACAGAAAAUGGAUUUGGCCUUGCAUCUUCCCGGGUCUCUGUGGGAUUCUGGCAAAAUGAUUCCCCAACCUUCGGAGACCAGCUUGCCAGGAGCUCGGAGGCAGAGCUGGGAAGCCCCAUGUCUCAGACCGAGGCCACGUCCAGGCCUGUCCCAUCGGGCAGAAGCAGAGACAGCACGGCGCGCUGGUUCCUGACCAACAGCAAGACAUCUGCAGAUGUGACAGGAAGCUCUACUUCCUAUCCCGAAGUUGUGAACGCCUCAGUUUUGACCCACUUCUCAGCCUCUGCCCCCCAGUCUAGAGGAAGUGACAGAGCGCCGGGCCAGAGGAACUACGCUGAACCGGCUACCGAGUCGUUGUCCUCGUCCUCCUCAGAGAGCCUGGAUUCCUCAGCUCCGCGUGGUGAACGCUCAACCACUGAAGACGGUCCAGGGCCCGGAGGCAGUUCUGAGGUGGAGGAAAGGAUGUCCCAGGCUCACCUCCCGCACACCUCAGCUACUUUCACCGGGAAUGGAGAGCGCACACUGCGGUCCCUCACCAACGCCAGCACGACUUCAGGGGAAGUGGGGCACUCUGUGAUAGUGCCCAGAGAAACCGAGAGCGCCACCCAGCAUGGGAACGUGACCGUGACGGGUGACACCCGCUUGGUCUCAGGUUCCCUGGCAGCCUCGCCAGCCCUGGGAGUCACCGGAAUUAGCUACAAUCAAGUGAGUGGCACGGAUAUGGAACAGGGGACUUCCAGUGACUACACAGACCACACCUAUGUCUCAUCCACUUUCACCAAAGGAGAACGGGCAUUGCUUUCCAUUACAGACAACAGUUCAUCCCCGGACUUAAGGGAGAGUUCUACCUCUUCUACUAAGAUCUCAAACUCUUCACUUUCAGACUCUUCUUCCUCGUCUCAAGCUCAGACUGGAGGAAGGAAUGUGUCAUCCUAUGACAGGGAGUAUGCCCAGCCUUCCACUGAGUCGCUGGCUGUGCGCACAGCCAAUGUUCCCUCCUACACACCCACCAUCAACAGGCCCAACACUUUGGUUCUUCUGGACACUGAUGCUGCAUUGACUCAUGACUCCUCCUCUUCUUCUUCUUCUUCUUUGGGCCCCCCUUUGCCCCUGCCCUCAGUGUCCCAGUCCCACCAGUUGUUCUCAUCAGUCUCACCAUCAACCAGGGCCUCUGCUCUUCCACUGCAGUCCAUUCCUGAUGCACCCAAGCCCAUGUCUUCCUCACCACCGCCCUUACCAGUAUCUCUGACGGCAUCUACCCCUGCCUCACCAUCUGCCUCCCAAACAACCCUACCACCUUCACCUCCUACCCUGGUCCUGCCCAGGGCAAGAGACACUCCUGUGACCUCAGUUCAGACUGAGACAACAGCAUUAUCUGUGGCAAUGCUCCCCAAGAGUCAAACAGCAGAUCCUAAGAACCAGAGUAACCCAUACCCUGAGAAAGUCAUUACAGAAUCAAAGCCACCAAGCCCAGAGUCUCUGCCCACAGAGGCCACUGAAGCUGUAACAGUGAGGUCUACACCAGGGAUCCCUAGGCCCUCGACCUUAACAGAGUCCUCCACUCAGCAAACCCUUCCAGCCACGAGCAUCAGCAUACCCCAGACGUCUCCAGCUUUGACAACCACCAUUCUCCAGACCUCUCAUCCUUUCAGCCUUGUGUCAACCAGAGCAGCUCCGAUGGCUGACCCCACAAUAGUACAGACUACGGCUGAAAAACAGCUCUUGCCAACCAGCCCUGAAAUCCCAGCACUGCAGAUCUCCACAGAAAGGGCUGUCACCACAGAAAGGAGCCAGGUGCAUGGAAAUGCUACCAGCCAAUCGAUCCCCCUGACCAGUGUACCCACAUCAGUGAAAGGAUUGACCCCAGGGCCUGAUGUGAUGGAAGAGUACAGCCCGGUUUCACAUCUCCUCAGAACAUCUCCUCUCCCAGUCACACACAUUUCCACAGAUGACGUAUUGACUCCUAAAUCUACCAUCUCCGCUGCUCAGAGCAGCACGCAGUCACCAGAAGUGUCAUCGCCAGCCGCAGUUAACAGCUGUGCCGUGAACCCUUGUCUUCACGACGGGAAAUGCGUCACAGACCCCAGCACCGGCCGUGGGUAUCGAUGCAGGUGCUCACCCUCCUGGCAAGGGGAUGACUGCAGUGUGGAUGUGAAUGAGUGUCUCUUGAACCCCUGCCCACCCCUGGCCACAUGCAACAAUACUCAGGGAUCCUUCACCUGCAAAUGCCCGGUUGGCUACCAGCUGGAAAAGGGAAUAUGCAAUCUGGUUAGAACCUUCGUGACAGAGUUCAAAUUAAAGAAAACAUUUCUCAAUACCACCAUGGAGAAGAAAGCAGACCUACAUGAAGUUGAAAAUGAGAUCACCAAAACAUUAAAUAUGUGUUUUUCGGCAUUACCUGGUUAUACCCGAUCCACAGUUCAUGUUUCUGGGGAGUCCAAUGCGAUGGUCGUGUCCCUGCAAACCACCUUCUCCUUGGCCUCCAACGUGACGCUGUUUGACCUGGCCGAUGGGAUGCAGAACUGUGUCAACUCCUGUAGGUCUUCUGCUGAGGUCUGCCAGCUCUUGGGAUCUCAGAGGCGGAUCUUUAAAGCGGGUAGCUUGUGUAAGCGGAAGACUCCAGAAUGUGACAAGGAGACUUCCAUCUGCACCGACCUGGACGGCGUCGCCCUGUGCCAGUGCAAGUCGGGCUACUUCCAGUUCAACAAGAUGGACCACUCCUGCCGAGCAUGUGAAGAUGGAUAUAGGCUCGAAAAUGAAACCUGUAUGAGUUGCCCAUUUGGGCUUGGUGGUCUCAACUGUGGAAACCCUUAUCAGCUGAUCACCGUGGUGAUCGCAGCAGCAGGAGGUGGGCUUCUUCUGAUUCUCGGCAUCGCGCUGAUUGUUACCUGCUGCCGAAAGAGUAAAAAUGACAUAAGCAAACUCAUCUUCAAAAGUGGAGAUUUCCAAAUGUCCCCAUAUGCUGAGUACCCCAAAAACCCUCGCUCACAAGAAUGGGGCCGAGAAGCUAUUGAAAUGCACGAGAACGGAAGUACUAAAAAUCUCCUCCAGAUGACGGAUGUGUAUUACUCGCCCACAAGCGUAAGAAAUCCUGAACUUGAACGCAAUGGACUCUACCCGGCGUACACUGGACUGCCGGGGUCACGGCACUCGUGCAUUUUCCCUGGACAGUAUAACCCAUCUUUCAUCAGUGAUGAGAGCAGGAGAAGAGACUACUUCUAAGUGCGGAAGAGAGACAGCCGGCCCAGCACUCUGAGCAAGUUGUGGGCCCUCCACACUCAGAGGACUGCGCCAGGGGGGCCAGCGUGCUCACGGGCUGCUCCCAGGACUCAUGGAGCCACACUCCUGUGGCAAGCAGAAAGCAGCAGGACAGGCGUGAGGGGAGUGACCACAGGGGAAGGGGACAGACAGAUCCGGGACGUGGAACUGAGGACUGCUCCUUGGGCACCUUUGCCUUACUGUGAACAUGAACAGGGGCCAGUCCCGGGUGUCCCCAAAUGCGGCAGCCACCUCGGGGCCACCGGCCAUGGGUCAUGGGCCACGGGUUGACUCUUAACCAGGGCAUGUCUUCAGGCACCUUCGCCAGGACCCAGUCUUUCCUUAGUUUGCACUUUAGUCAAUUGGAUAGGGAGGUCUCCUUUUGGAUUUUUUCCAAGACUGUUCCAAAAAGAAGGCCUCUUUUCCUCAGACACUCCCAUAGGCCUCGAUCUGGUGAUUAAUUUACUGCAAAGUACAGGCUCUUUCGUGGUUCCCCUGCCCGGUAUCUACAUGCUAAACCACAGAUGAACAUACCACUAAGGUUUGGAGAUGCUGCAGGUGAGCACACAGUAUUUUUAGUAGGUUCUAGGUCUUCUGCAGUUUCCAUCCCAACCCUCAAAAUGAGGAACUGAACUGUUCGAGGCAUAGCACACACUCCAUUUUGUAGUCAAGGUGACAUUUAUUUAAGAUUAUUUCUUUUUUCCCUCCACAGUUAAUCCUCCCUUUUUCAAACAAGUCUGCAUCAGGGCAAGACAAGUUGCAUUUGCUUUUAAUUAGAGGCCUCCCGCUGCCGGUAGGGAGGCGGGGCGCUGUGGGGAGGAGGCCCAGAGAGUCCCAGAGCCCAGGGCCAGGG